ACGCCCCUCCUCAUCCUCCUCCUCCUCCCUUCUUCCUCCUCGUCUUCAAGACGCGUCCAGAAAAGCCCCUCCGAUCGCCGCCCGCUCGCCGGAUCGCCUCCCCGCCGGCGACGACCACGACCGGAACCUUCGCGCCCCGAUCCUCCGGCGAGGUACGGUGAGGGGGACAUGUAUCCGCCGCCGCUGCCGGUGAUGCUGGUGACCUGCUCCGGCUGCAGCACCCGCUGCAGCUGCCCGGGGGCCCGAUCCAUCCGCUGCGCCAUCUGCCAGGCCGUCACGCACAUCGCCGAGCACCGCGCGGCCCCUCCCCGCGGCCCCGGCCCCGGCCCCUCACGCUGCCCACGCGCCGCCCCGCCGCCAUCGCCCUACGGCCACGCGCCGCCGGGCGCCCCGCCGAGCCCCCACGGGCGGAAGAGGGCGGUGAUCUGCGGGAUAUCGUACAAGUACUCGAGGCACGAGCUCAAGGGGUGCCUCAACGACGCCAAGUGCAUGCGGUACCUGCUCAUCAACAAGUUCCAUUUCCCACAGGAAUCCAUUCUCAUGCUUACAGAAGAAGAAACCGACCCUUACAGAAUUCCAACGAAACAGAACAUGAGGAUGGCACUGUGUUGGCUUGUCCAAGGCCUUCAACCUGGAGAUUCCCUUGUAUUCCAUUACUCAGGUCAUGGUUCACGGCAAAGAAACUAUAAUGGUGAUGAAGCUGAUGGUUAUGAUGAAACAUUGUGUCCCCUUGACUUUGAAACCCAGGGUAUGAUUGUCGAUGAUGAGAUUAAUGCAACGAUUGUGAGACCUCUUCCUCAUGGUGUUAAGCUUCAUGCGAUAAUAGAUGCCUGCCAUAGCGGCACUGUACUUGAUUUAUCGUUCCUUUGCCGAAUGGACAGGGCUGGCCGUUACAUAUGGGAGGAUCAUCGCCCUCGAUCUGGUAUUUACAAGGGAACAAAUGGUGGAGAAGUCAUUUCAUUCAGUGGCUGCGAUGAUGACCAAACUUCAGCAGACACAUCUGCUUUGUCACGGAUUACAUCAACCGGAGCUAUGACCUUCUGUUUCAUCCAAGCGAUUGAGCGUGGACAUGGAUCUACAUAUGGUAGCAUACUCAGCUCCAUGCGCACCACUAUACGAAAUACAGGAAAUGAUGGUGGUCUUGGUCUUGCUGGAGGUGGUGUUGUGACAUCUUUGAUUACCAUGCUUGUGGCUGGUGGUAGUUCUAUUGGCGGUGGGCUAAGACAGGAGCCACAAUUAACUGCCUGCCAGACGUUUGACGUGUACACAAAACCUUUCUCCCUAUGAAGUCAGCAAGUACAUCGAUUGCCGUCUUUGUAUUUUCGUUGCCAUAUAGGUUCAGUACAGUUAAGAGCACAGUUAAGUACAAUAUAGACGGACUAGGAGGGCGUGAGUUUCUACUUGUGAAAUGUUAUUUCUUGCGUGCUUGUCGGAUUGACUGAUUAAUUGAUUAUAUUGCUGGAGCAACAUGUGUUCCCCUUGGUAUAAUAAGUGCGUUGAUUA